CCACGAUGAGGUCGUCGACGACGACAACGUUGCUAUCGUUAUUCUGCCAGCUGUACCUAUCGCUGGCAACGCCACCGCCUACUUCGACUCCCGCAGCAAGCACCUGCGGGACAACAGCAACCAGCAUCCGCAAACCGUUGAUAGUGAAUGGAGCCUCCGCCACCCAUGCCGGCCAGUGGCCAUGGCAUGCUUCGAUCUGGCAUCGUAUCACGCGAACCUCGCACGUGUACGUUUGCGGUGGGACGCUGCUGAGUGAGCUGUACGUGCUGACGUCAGCUCACUGCGUAACGAAGGAUGGCAAUGCCCUCAACGAACGGUUGAUAGCCGUUCAGUUGGGAUCGUCGCGGCAGAAUUUGCUGCUGAACGGGUUUCCCGUUCAGAACGUGGAUGUGGCGGAUAUUUUCGUACACGAGGAUUUUGUACCGAGGACGUUUCACGCGGAUUUGGCGCUGCUAGCGCUGGGGACUAAGGCGACUGUUAACGAAUUCGUGCGACCGGUUUGUCUUCCGGCGGCGGAUGAUGAUGGUCGGCAGUUGGAUGGACGGCAAGCGGUGGCCCUUGGUUUCGGUAUGACCGAAACGGGUGAAAAUGCCGAUGGGCUGAGACAGUUGUGGAUGCCGGUUGUGGAUUAUGUUACCUGUUUGGAGAGUAAUCGGGAGGUGUUCGGGAGGUCACUUUCGGCGGCGAUUCUGUGUGCUGGGAACACAAAUGGGAGUACAGUUUGUAAUGGAGAUAGUGGCGGGGGUUUGUUUACUGAGGAAGAAGGGCACUGGGUUAUUCGAGGGGUGACUAGUUUUACGGCGCAACGGGGAUGGAAUGAUAGCAGUUGCAGUUUGAAGGAUUACGCGGCCUUUGUGAAUGUGGCCUACUAUGGUGGAUGGAUUCGGCACGUUGUGGCGAAUGGUGAACAGGAUGGGUACUUCAAUCGGAAGGAUCCGUCGGUAGUUACCGAGCGUAAGGAGCCGUUGCAGGCCAAACCGGUUCGGGGGCUCAGAAUCAGCGAGAAAUACUGCAAAAUGUAUCGCCGAAAGGGUUUGCUCGUCACCGAAUCGCUGGGACCCGGUCAUGUAUACGUGUUCAAAAAUCGUAGCACCCAAGGCUUAGCCUACUAUUUGAAUGACAACUUCGCAAUAACAACGGCUCAAUUGGCCAUCAACUGCGUUUAUGGGGAACCUGCCUGCGAGACGAUUGACAAAAGACGCUUCAAGCAGGCCUUCGUCCAUCCGCAGUAUCGUGGAGGAAGAGAUUUCAACGUAGCUCUACUGUUGUGGCCACCCGCUGAUGAACCUCUCUGGUGUUUGGCUACCGAGUCAUCCGGACGGAUCUAUUUCGAGGGCAGUCAGCUGAAAACAAACGCGAUUGCCGCGGAAGCUGAAACCUGGACGGAGUUCGAUUUGGAUUUCUUUCUACCGACAAAACGGGGCGGUGUUGUCUACAACGAACGGCGGGAUCUGGUCGGGUUGAUGCAUAACCCAGCCGGGGACGAAGUGGUGAUGACCAACAUCCUCUCGGUUCUGGACUGGAUCGAGUCAAUCGCGUGGAACAACCGGUCCGACGUUUCACCUUCGCGAAUGUAAAUUGGUAAAAUGCAAAUAAAGGUUGUCGCUCCUCUC